AUGGCUCCUCCGCCGCGCUUGCGCAUUCUGUCAGUGGGCAGCAAUGCCAUCUCGGCUUUCUUGUCCUGGAGGCUCCAGGCAACCACCUCCUGCGACGUCACACUGGUCUGGAAAUCAGGGUUCGAGGCGGUAUCUCAAUACGGCGUGUCGUUCAAGUCGAAAGCUUUCGGAAACGAGCGGUUCAAGCCACGUCAUGUCGUUCGCACGCCCGAAGAAGCAGCUUCCCGCGAGAAUGCAUACGACUACGUGAUCCUUUGCGUCAAGGCCUUGCCUGACGUCUACGACCUUGCAGCCGUGAUCGAGUCCGUCGUUACGCCCCAGCAUACUUGCAUUUUGGUCAACACCACCAACACCCUUGGAGUUGAAUCGCAUCUGGAGCAACGCUUUCCCACCAACGUCGUCCUGUCGCUCGUUUCGGGCGUCGAGAUUACCCAGAUCGGAGCCAGCGAGUUCGAGCACUUGAACUCAUCGGAAAUAUGGAUCGGUGCCACGAGCAAAAAUUCCAACACCCCCUCUACAAUCCAGAAUGACAUGGCCGCGGCGUUGGCGAUGACCCUGAGCUCAGGCCAGGUUGAAUGCAAGGUGUCGAAGAAUAUCCGACAAGAACAGUUUGAACGUAUUAUAGGGCCUAUUGCCUUCUACCCCGCGAGUGUAAUGUUUGAUAAUGGUAAUGUGCAGCAACUGCUGCAGAAGGUUGGUGUGCGUCAGUUAAUAUCGGACGUGAUCGACGAAUUGCUUGAUCUGGCGAAAACGCACGGAUGUUCAUUCCCGAGCGAUUUCAAUCAGAAGACGAUGGAGAAAAUGAUGGCCAGCACAACACCUAACUCGAUGUACCAAGACUUCCAGGCCCGCCGCCCGAUGGAGAUCGAGACCUAUCUUGGCUCCCCCGUCAAACUGGCGACUGAGUCCAACUCCAAACUCCCUCGCGUCGAAACUAUGUAUGCGAUGCUCCAUCACAUUAAUGCCACAAACCUGAGCAAGCCUCGCGAAUCUCCGCCGCCCGCACUGGCUCAGCCCCCACCCCGGAUGUCUUCGGUCCCCCCUCCCAGAAAUGGUCCUAUGCGCCCGCCCCCGGGAAGGUCAAGCUCGGCGAUGAUGAUGCCACCCCCGAGACGUGGACCCCCGAUGCCCGGAAUGUCGCGACCAUCCAGCACACAGCCCCUGCCUCCCGCAGGGAGGAUGCCUCGGGAACCGUCUUUGGAGGGCCUCGAGGAGUUCAGCCAUCUUGUCGUCUACGACGAUGCCGGUGAGGGUGGCGCGCCUCACAACGGCACGAAUGGCUACCCAGACGUUCCUUCCGUUCCUGGAGGCGCCCCCCCUGAUCUGGCCUUGAGAGAGCGUGAAUUGGCACUUCGGCAACGGGAGUUGCAGCUCCGGGAACAGGAGAUGCACAUGCGGCGCGGACCUCGCCGGGCGCCGCCCCCCUCCAAGGCGGCGGCUUUCGACGAGGAAGAUGAAGACGACUUUUUCGAUCCCAUGGAUACCAGUCUGGUUCCGCAAAUCGACCCCGACAACGUGGACAUGCUGAGCAUCACCUCGCGGCGGGCGAAGAAAUUCCCCAGUGCCAGCCAGAUCCGCAAGAACCCCGAGCUUAUGGCCAAUGGCGGCGGCGGUGGUGGUGGCGGCGGUGGUGGUAGAAGUGGCACGUUCAGUCGCUACUUUGGUGGCAACCGACAGAAGCGCGCCAGCGACCGCAUCAUGCAGGAAAUCCCCGGGCUGCACGACUCCCUCUUGGACAACCCCAUGAUGGCGUACUCGUCCAACCGCUACGGGUCUGUUGACCGGAACCAGAUGGCUGCGGGCUCCCGUACCAACUCCAUGACGACGAGUCGCAUGGGUGACUACCCUCCUCAUCCGUACCCACAGAGCAGGAGGAACAGCCAUUCUCCUGCGGCGCCGUACGGUGGUGGCCCCCCUGGUCCGCGAAUGGGCCGCCCAGCGACAGCCCAGGAUCAGAAUUUCGGCCCACCCCAUGGGCCCCCGAACGGCGGCCACCCGUCGCCUCCGGGACACGUGCGCGCGCCUGUCCCCAGGUAUCCUCCGGGGCACGGUAAUGCGGUAGGCCCGCAACAAGUGGAACAACAAAUUGGGGUGAGCAAACCGUAUCCCGCCAAGGGCACCCCCAAGCAUAGAAGUCUGACCGGAAGUGCGAGCGCCAGCGCGGAGAGUGGUGAUAGCGGGGCCAGUGCCAACCUCGAUUCCGAGAACUCUGCCCAUAGCAGCCAGAUCAGCCUCGGCACGCAGCACCAGCAGGCUGCGGCGCCCGUUCGUUGA